UUCCCCUGUGUGAGCCUUGAAGCGUCACCGUCACCUUCUCGCCGCGGGUCACAGUGCUGUGUUUUGGAGGCCCCACAGCCCGUCCCGGCGUUAGGUGGACGUAUGGAUGAGUGGAGUGUGGCUAUGUGUGCGUGUGGCAACUCAGCGGUGCAGUGGUUUAGUCCGGGGGGGAAAAAAUGGAGCUCUCGUUUCCUCGUCUCCUUCGCACUGGCUUACAAAUAAUGUGGGAGUGUUUGGUGUCAUUCUCCCCCGUGGGUGUGGGUGAGUCCCGGCGUGGCGUGGCAUGGUGUGGCGUGGCAUGCCAGUCUCGUCGUCUCAGUGAGCAAGUUUCAUGAUGCGGUAUUCAGCAGACAUUCGGUGGACGUGCGCGGCGGUCCCGGCUCGUCUGCGCCUGCUGGGGGGGAAGAAUUAAAGGCUCUGCUGAGGAUCUGGAGGCUUCUACCACACGCCUAGGAGGGGCACGGGGCACGCCACGGCCUAGUGAUGUCCCUUGGUUGGUUCCUGCCGGCGAGGUAUGGGGCUAGCAGGCGCCAGGACGUGGUGGAGAGGAGCGCCAGGCCAUGUGCAGAACUCGGGCCGGUGCAGCAGCUGAGCGGCGGCCGGCCUGCAGCGGGACGCACGGCAGUGACGGCACCAGUUCCCUCUGAGACGUGUGCAGCACAGGGUGUCGGCCCCCGCGUCGCUACUGUCCCCCGCCGCCUCUUCCUCCGUCGCUAGCUGAUCCCACAGCCGCGGACGGACUUCUCUGCUGCCGAAGAUGUUGCUGUCAUAGGACCCAGAAGAAAACCUUGCCUGGUCCUUCCUCCUCCUCCUCCAGGCUCGAGUCUUUCCUCUCUCCUCCCUCCCUCUGUCUAUUGGGACCUUUUCUUCAGCCAAAGGGAGAGAAAAGGUUAUAGUUCCAGUGUUUCUCCUUCUCUCUGUCUGGAAGUCUGUGGCGGUGCAGGGAAGGAAGUGCUGUCUAUCCAUCUCUCCCUGACUGCCUUGUGCUAUUCUGGUGCUAAUCGUAACUGUGGAAUACUGCAGCUCUGUGGGAAACGUUUCUUCGAGGUUCCAGGAAAGGUUUAUGUACUGGAAACUCUUCAAAAGUAACGCUGAGUCUAAAAAAAACGUUUAUUUGCUCCUGAUGAACGUUUGAUCGUAGAAUUACUUUGAAAAUCUUGAUAAAAACGUUUGUGGUGCUGAAAAAAAACGUUGAAGGUUCCGGGAAAUCAUUAAGGAUUCUGAAAAAACGUGGAAUUCUAAAAAAAAAAAAAAAAACGUUGAGUAGUGAAGGAGACGUCUCAUCAAGGGUCCUGAAAAACACUCAGAGCUGCAGAAAACGUUUACAGUCCUCGAAAACAAAUGAAAAAAUAAAGAAAGGAAAAAAAAAGUAAAAACGUCGGACGAACUGUCAGAGGGAGAAAAAAAAAAAAAAUAGUCUUGAAACACGGGAAGAAAAAGAUUGUAAAGUUUGUCAAAUCACUCGAAUUUUGAGGAAACUACUCUCAAUAGAAGACAUUUGGGACUGAAGAAAGAAAAACGAGUAUCAGAAAAAGAAAAGUAAAGUUUGAGGUAGAAAAAAAAAGUGAGGAAAAGGGGGAAGGAAGGACUGGAAGUGAAAACAUUUGGACCUGGAACAAAAAGAGACUGAAACUGACACUCUUAGACACCUUGAACUCUGGAAAGGAACAAGACGAGAGCGAGUAAGGAAUGCUGGAAUGAAAGCUGGAAUGAAGAAAAUGAUGCCACACACCUUAAUUCCAAAUCCAGACCGUAGAUAAAGGUGUAAAUGGGACUGGAAAACCUGGAAUAUGUCCCUGGAAAACUGGAAUCCCUUGAGGUAACAAUAUAAAAGUGAAGAAGACUCCUCACCGCCAGCCAACUUGAAAAAUGUAGAAAGAACAGCGUCAGUCUGCACUCAAAGUUAUAGUGAUUUUGCGUGUGUGCGUGUGUGUGUGUGUGUGUGUGUGUGUGUGUGUGUGUGUGGUGACCAGGGCAGUAUGGUGAGGGGACGAUUGAGUGAAGUGUUGUGGUGAUUGAGGUACCAGUUUUUCCCCUUCCUUUUCCCUCCAUUUUGAUUUUUUCCCCUUCAUCCUUUCCUUCUAUUUUCCUUUCAUUAUUCAUUCCUUCUUUCCUUCAUUUCUUUCAUCAUUUUCUUGUUUAUUUUCCUUUGAAUUGUUUGUUUUCUCUCUUUCCUUCGCUCAGUUUCCUCUCUUCCUCUUCUUCCCUUCCUUCUUUACUCGUCUUCAUUCAUUUACUUCCUCUCUCACCUGUUUACCUUCUUUCUCUCUCUCUAUCUUCGCUUUCACUAGUUAUCCUUCUCUCCUUCUCUUUCUCUCCCUGUUCAUAUUUACUCUCAUCCUUUUUCCUCUUCUCCUCUCAUCAGUGCAUUUCUUUCCAUUUUUCCCCUUAAUCUCUUCUCUUUUCCCUUCCCCUCUCCCUCUUUCCUUCAUCCUUCCCUCCUUCCCUCUCUUUCUCUCUCUCUCUCUCUCUCUCCCUCUCUUUUACAUUAAUUUUCCUCACCCUGUUAUUUUUCCCCUGGCUUUUCCUCCCUCUUUCCUUCGCCUUUUGCAACCAUGGUAAUCUCCCUUUCUCCUUCAUCACCACCGCCAUUCACCACCACCACCAACACCACCACCUCCUCCUCCUCCUCCUCCACCUCCUCCACCUGUGAUUCAUUUUCUCUGUGGUAGUGGCAGUUUUAUCCAUUAAUCCACCUCGCUCUCCACGCAUUCCAUCAUCACCACUUCAUCACCACACGCUACCUUUGUCAUCACCUUUUUCUAUUUUUUUUUUUUUUUGUGUGUGAGAAUUUAGUGUUUCGUAUUCAUUAUUUUUUAUUUUUCUCUAAUUUUUCGAUUUGUUUUGUUGUUUUAGUUGAAUAAUCUCAUCACUCAUUCAUCACUAUUCAUCACUACCGAGUCCUGUUCUAUUAGUGGUGAGUUUUAUCCUAUCUAUUCUGUCCUCUUCCAUUUAUAAGUCAAUUCUAGCUAGUUAACCUCAUCACUAUCAUCACCACAACUCAUCAUCACAUCACCACCACCUUCAUCACCCACUCCUACCUUUAUUUUCACAGUCCUCCUCUUUUAAAUCCAACUGAAGUGACAUAAUCUUACCACAACCUUCACCACCAGUCACCAUCACCACUCACCACCACUCACCACUCCCUUUCACCACCAAAACCUAACCUUUUCCAAAACAGCCUCGAAAAAAACCAUUUAAGUGACACCCCAUCACCACACAUCACCACACAUCACCACACGUCACCACCACCAUGGGCCCGAACGCCACAGUAAUCCUUGAGCCAAUUGUCACCACCAUGGCCUCGAUGCUUCUCCUGAACCUGACGGAGGAAGACACGGGGGCAGCAUUGAACCAGUCUGGCCCUACCUUGUGGCCCUCCAACAGUAGCGGCACACCCUUGGCCACUACAGCCUCACCGGAGCACUCGUCUAUGUCCCCGGCGCCGUGUGGGACCGAGCCAGCGUUCCCCAGCAACUACGGAAUCAGGGACGUGAUAAGAAUGCGUGGUAUGGAGAACGGGCAAGGGUUAGAAUGCAGUGGCUGGCUUCCCAUCAACCAUAUCUACUUCCAACUGGCGAAUAUCUUCCUCUUCUUGUCCUACCUGGCGCCCAACGGGAUCUACGGCAUUCUCUAUCUGCGUAUUACUCUGACCAUUGGCUGCAUGUUCUUCAGCCUCUGGGGUUGGGUAAUUCUGUGCGCCUUUGAUACCUUUCUCUGGAACGCGAUCUUCGUCUUGAUCAACCUGGUGCACGUGGUCAUCAUCUGCUACUACCUUCGCCCCGUCAGGUUCACCCCAGAGCUCGAGCAGGUGUACAAGAGCCUGUUCCAGCCCCUCAAAGUGUCCCGGCACCAGUUCAAGAGAGUCAUUAACUGCAUGAAACUGAUUCGUUACGUCAAGUUUCAAGAGAUUUAUGCCCAGGAAAAGAUUACUCGUGUUGACUCCCUCUCGCUCGUCCUCUCAGGCAGGCUGGUGAUCAGUCAGAAUGGGCGAGCGCUGCACAUUGUCUCCCAGCACCAGUUCCUAGACUCCCCUGAGUGGUUCGGCGUCUCCACCGACGAGUUCUUCCAGGUCUCGGCGACGGCCAUCGAGGACUCCCGCGUUCUAAUCUGGCACCGGGACAAACUCAAGCUGACCAUCAUGGGCGACCAGUUCCUCCAGGCUGUCUUUGAUCACAUCCUCGGCCGGGACGUUGUCAAGAAACUCAUGCAGAUUGCAGAGUUUAGAAGACUGCCCGAGGGUGGCGAGAGGACAUCACGAGAAGUGGAAGAGGAGGUCAACGAGAGCCUGUCCGGGAUGGGCAAUGGCCACUGCAUUGCCAACCUGUCAGAUGAGAGUGAGACCAAGCCGCUGUUGGUGGUCAAGAAGGGGGAGGAGUCGGGGAGCAUAACAGCCAUUAUCAACCGCCAGUUACAGGGUGGCGACGAGGAGGCAAGACUGCUGGAUCACGAGGGCCAGACUGCCAUGGUAGAGGUCAAGGAAACAGGCACCAGUUAAUGACACUCCUCCGUGGAGACUCGGACGCAUUGAGGAGACAGAUCAGGAGACUCCAGUAUGAGCCUCAGGAACUCGGCUCUCCACUCCUCAAUGCCUUCAAGCUCUUUGCCCCGCAGCUUGAGAGUGUCGACCACCUCCACCACCACUUCAUUGAGCUCUAAGCCGCCACAGAGGUACAGAUUGGGAAGCUGUGUGUGUGACAGAAGCUUAGAAAAUUUUUGAGUUCCAUUUAAAAAGCUAAGAAGAUUUGGUGUUUUUGAGAAGUACAUGCAAGAUCAGACUUUCCAUGAACUGUGUGUUGCAUUGAGGGAACUGUCUGGAAACUGUGUAGAAAGCUGAGGAGACUUCAAAACUGUAAGAAUGCUAGGAAGAAAUUGAUGAAAAAACCAAAUGAGUCUAGAGAGUUAUGUCAAAGCUAAUAAAACUAGAAAAAAAUAUGUAGAAACUAAAAAUAACAGGAUAUUACACUAAGAAAAACUGCAAGGAAAACUCAACAAAACUCAAGGAAACUCAAUGGAAAACUCCCUCAAGUGUGUUUCCUUCAAGUAAAGAGACAAAACACACACCUUAUGACCACAGAGGGAUGAGUGGACAAGUGUGGCUGAGACAUUGUUGAGAUAUCCAAUAAGUGGUGUGUGGCUGGGCAGGGUGGAGAAAGAUGCCUCAGCUGUCAGAUAUAUAUUUUUUAAUGGUGUGGUGAAGAGCUGUUGUUGGAACCUUGUGCUCGUGAUUGUUCUAAGGUAAAUUCUAAUGGUUGAUCAUGUUGUAGCUUAAGAAAUAUCUACCUUAUGUCCUUCCUAUUCAAAUUGUUGCUCUGUUUGGGGACAUGGAUGAAACUAGUGAUGCUCGAGCUUCUCCGUCUCCCAAGUUGACAAUCUCACGGAACUCCAGAAAAAGUAUAUGAAGAGUGGAACAUCCCUCAUGGCCGCUGCUGAGAAAUAUGUAGGAGAAUUGUCAGUGUAGGGUGUCAAGGCUGCACUCUUAAACACUCUGUCUCCACUACUUUGAACAGGCUCUAGUGAAAGUUUUUAUAUGGAAUAGAGGAAACUGUUCAACGGCAGCAAAAAAUAACAAGAAGAGGCCUGCUUGAUUACCAGUUAUAAGACUUUUUAAGGGUGUUUUUUGAUCCCUGUGAUAGAUUCGGAAUGUAUUUCUGGUUGACAAAAGCACUCAAGACUAAUGAAUCCCUGUAGUCUGUGAAAAAUUGUGAUAUAUUCUUGUUCCACUACUUUGAACAGGCUAUUGUGGAAGUUAUAAGGGUUUUCAAAGAUGUUUUUUGAUCCCUGUGAUAGAUUCAGAAUGUAUUACUGGUUGACAAAAACACUCUAGACUAAUUCAUCCCUGGAGCUUCUGAAAAAUAAUGAUAUCCUUGUUUUCUUACUUUUAAUGGCUCUUGUGGAAGUUGUCAGGAUUUUUCAAGGGUGUUUUUGUGACUCCAGUGAUGGUUUCAGAAUAUAUUACUAGUUGACAAAAACACUCUAGGCUAAUUAAUCUUUAUAGCCUCUAAAAAUAAUGAUAUUCUUGUCUCUGCUGCUCUAGAGAGAAGUCAUCAGGGUUUCGAAGGUGUUUUUUUUUUUUUUUGUGAUUCCAGUGGUAGUUUGAGAAGAAUACAUUACUGAUUAAAUAAAGCACUAAUAAAAGUCUGGCUAAUGAUUCCUGUAGUCUCUGAAAACAGUGAUAUUCUUGUCACUGUUGCUAUUGUUGUUUUGAAGGGUGUUUUUGUGAUUCCAGUGAUAGAUUAACAAUACAUCACUGAGAGUCUGAGAAAUGGUCCGUGUGGCCUCAGAAAACAGUAAUAUUCUUGUCUCAGCUACUCUAGUGGAAGGCAUCAGGGUUUUCAAGGGUAUUUUUGUGAUUCCAGUGAAAGAUUAACAAGAAUAUAUUACUGAGAGUCUGAGUAAUGGUCCCUGUGGCCUCUGCAAACAGUUACUGAGAGAGAGCACAGUGUUUGAGAGUGGAGACCUUGAGGUGAAUACUUUGAACUAUCUUGACCCAGCUUGUGUUCCAUGAAGCUGUUCCAUGUUGACAAAUUACAGAGAUGCUGGUGAUGUAAAUGUUGGUGAAUCAUUACUGGUGACUGGUGGAGACUCAUUGUGCCCAUGUAACACCUCAAAGGAAGCUGGGCCAGUGCUCGGUGAGUUUUGGUGAGUUUGGUGAGUACAAUGUGGGAUUAUGAAGUGAAAUAGUGAAGUAGAUUUUAUUAUUAUUAUCACCAAUGCCUCAGGAGGUGAAAAUAUCAAAUAUAGAUUAAUGUUGAUGUUUGAAAUACUACUGCUACUACUACUACUACUACUACUACUACUACUACUACUACUACUACUACUACUACUACUACUACUACUACUACUACUACUACUACUACUACUACUACUGCUACUCAGUAUUGUUGUAAAUACUGAAAGAAUUGUUAUGCAUUUAAACUGAAAGAAUAAAAUAAAAAAGACUGUGGUAGGAAGUGAACACUAUAUCAUACUGUUGUCAUUAGUGCAUAAGUUUUUAUAAAAGAUAUUUGACCAAUGCAUAAUAUUCCAUCUGUUUUGUAGGGCGGCGAUAACAGUGGUAAUGUACGGAAGUGUGACGGAUGCAGGGAAUCUCUGGUGACAGUGUGAGGUUAGCGAGGCGGUCAAUACAAGCAAUUUAUUAUCUUGAGUGUGAGGUUAACAAGCCAGUCAAUACAAGCAGUAAAUUCGUUAUCUUGAGUGUGAGGUUAACAAGGCAGUCAAUACAAGCAGUGGACUAUCUUAUCAUUGAGUGUAAGGUGAAAAAUCAGUCUAUUGAUACAAGCAGUUCAUUAUAUCAUUGAGGUUAGCAAGUCAGUUAAUACAAGUCAGUUGAUAUAAUUUUGUCAUCGAGUGUAAGGUUAAGAGUCAGUCAGUUAAUACCAGCAGUUUAUUAUGUUGCCUUUGAAGUUAGUAAGGCAUUUAAUACAAUCAGUUUAUCAUGUUAUCAUUGAGAUGUGUGUGUGUUCCAGGCCAGACAAGUGAGUGUGUAGUGGGAGAAACUGUCUUUAAACCAAGUCUUGUCUGUCGCUUGGUGUUGAAAAAUGACUGGCUGAUGUAAGAAGUGGUUAAAUUUGUUUCUUGAUUAAUGUAGAUGGAGAAACUUAGUCGAGAAUUGAAGGAAGUGUGGAGAAGGUAUAUGUACACACUCUGAGAGGAAAGGAAUCAAUAUAAAAAAAAUGAUAACAAAAAUAUAGAAAAGAAAUUGGAGUAGACACUUUGAGAGAAAAGGAAUCAGUAACAGAAAAAAAUAACAAUAAAAUAAAGAAAAACAUUGGAGUAGACAUUUUGAGAUGAAAAGAAUCAAUACAAAAAAAAAGAAUAAAUAAAUAAUAAUGAAAUAUAGAAAAGAGAAUAGGAGUACUCUUAUCAUUAUAGGAGAAAAAAUAGGAGAAAUCUAAUGGUCAUAGGAAAAAAGAAUGUGAGUACUCUUAUCAUCAUAGGGGACAAGAAUAUGAGCUAGUGUUAUGGUGAAAGGCUGUGGGUGUGGUGGAGACAUUAUCCUGUCAUGUACGGUUAAAACUUGCGAGUGUACAGAGAUUUAGUGGAGACUGUCUUUUAUACAGCUUUGUUUUAUAUAUGUAGGUUUAAGACAAUGUGAUAUGUACAUUACCAGUGAAGGGAGCGUGUGUGUCGGUGGAGGAGAAACGGUUACCUAUGUAUUUUAGCGGAAAACGGACAUACAUAUACAUUUCCUUG